UCAGGCAACGGCCUCGCGUCUUCCCCGGCCUGGAAGGCUCCGAAGAUGGGGGACUCGGAGGAGGGCGAGAACCUGCGGGGCACCUUCCCCAGCUUCAUGGCCGAAGGGCUGAUGCUGAGCCGGCGCGGGGAGCUGGCCAAAGCCAUUUCCUGCUAUACCUACGCUCUGCAGUUCCAGGCAGAGGACCGGAACUGUCUCGUUGCCCGUUCGAAAUGCUACCUGAGACUCGGAGAUACAGAGAAUGCUCUGAAGGACGCAGAGGCCUCCCUGGAAAGUGACAAAGAAUUUACCAAGGGUCUAUACCAGAAGGCAGAAGCCUUGUACACCAUGGGGGACUUUGAAUUUGCCUUAGUCUAUUACCAUCGAGGCCACCGGCUUCGCCCGGAGAUGCAGAAAUUCAAGCUGGGCAUUCAGAAAUGUCAAGAGGCCAUUGAAAACUCAGUUGGAAGCCCUUCUUCUGUGAAACUGGAGAAUAGAGGGGACCUCUGCUUUCUGAGCCGCCAGGCGGAGAGCAAAAGAGCGAAACAGAAGCUGCAAGUGAGGUUCCCCGAAAAAGACAAAAGGUACGGCAGCCGGCCGCAGGAGCCCACGCGGAAUGCGAAGACGGAACGGCAGCUCCUCGGGGAGCUCUACAUCGAUAAAGCUUUCCUGGAGAAACUGCUGAAGGAUGAAGACCUGAUCAAAAGCACCACCAAGCAAGGCGGCACCGUGGGAGACCUGAUCCAAGAGGGCUUGUCCUACCUGGACACCCGCACCGACUUCUGGCAGCAGCAGAAGCCCAUCUACGCCCGAAUCAGGGACCGCAAGCUGGUGCUGAAAAGGUGGACCCGGGAGCAAAAGCGGAAACCCUCAGAGGUGGCCAGAUACAUCCUCAAGAGCAUGGAGGAGAUCGACAUGUUGCUGACGAGCGGCUGUCCGGAGCGGAGCUGCCUCAAGGCUGAGCAAGUGCUGAAAAAGAUCCAGGGCUGGUCUGACGAGGAGAUCCCGAACAGAAACGAGCUGCUGGGAAACCUCUACAGCUGCAUUGGGAACGCUCAGAUUGAGAUGGGGGACAUGGGGGCAGCUCUGCAGAGCCACCGGGUGGAUCUGGACAUUGCCCGGGAAAACAACCUGACCGACACCGUCUCCAGGGCCCUGGAUAACAUCGGCAGGGUGUACGCCCGCAUGGGCAGUUUCCAGGAAGCCAUCGACACGUGGGAAGAGAAGAUUCCACUUGUGAGGAGCAACCUAGAGAAGACGUGGCUGUUCCACGAGAUCGGCAGGUGCUACCUGGAGCUCGACAAGGCAGGGGAGGCACGGGACUACGGGGAGAGAUCUCUGGCCUGUGCCGAGGAGGAAGGAGACGUCGAGUGGCAGCUGAACGCCGGCGUCUUGGUAGCCCAAGCACAAGUGAAGCUGGAGGACUUCCAGUCGGCGGUCACGUACUUUGAGAAGGCUCUGGAGAAGGCGAAGCGCAUUCACAACGACGUGGCUCAGCAGGCGAUCAUCAUCGCCCUGGACGAGGCCAACAAAGGGUUCAUCAAGGAGCUGAAAGAAGAACAGCGCCUCGAGAGGCUGCGCGAACUGAAAGAGUUGGAAGAUGAAGGAGAGGAGGAGGAGGAGGAAGGCAGCAAGGAAAACAUUGGACAGAAGGCUGCAGAAGAAGAAGGUAGCCGUGAGUGGGAGGCCACGGUAGGAAAGCGAGAUGAGGAGGCGGCUGAGAAGACUGCAGCCCAAGAUGAAAACCAGGUAGCUGGCCGAGAGGGAGCAGAGCAAGGCAGGUCUGAGGAGGGAGACAUGGAAGAUGUGGAGAGAGAAGCCAAGCAGGAGGAAGGGGAAGCUGGGGGACAGCCGGAAAGAACAGAAGAAGCAGAGAAGGAGAAGGACUCCGAAGAGCUGAGCGGUGACAUUCCAGGAUAAGACACUUUGGGAACUCUUGCCUGGGAUGAAUCUCUGUUCAGGGGUUGGCCAGUUUCCUCUAAUAAUACUUUUAUCCAUGAGCCGCGCCUGGUGCUUUUCAGACCUUUCCAAAAAACCCCAACCUUUUGGCUUUUUGGGGAUAUGUUCUAAGUAGAUCCCAAGAGCGUAGGGAAUUCUGUAACUUCAGGUAAGAUGUCUGCGAACUCUUUCGUUUGUCUAAGCGGUCAGAUAAAAGGAACUAUUAAAGAUCUUUCUUGAUCUAU